GGCAGAAGGUGCCUGCAGCUCAGGGCAUUGUCCAUCCUUCCCUCCUUGUUGCCUGUUCUGUUCAACUCUAUGUUGGCCGAAUGAGGCGGACAGGUUCGUUGGAGUUGCAAAAUGACGGCAUCUGUGAGGGAUCGAACCGGUCUCUUCAGACAGAUUGUGCGGGAAGUGGCCCUGCGCAAAGGAUUUGACCAGCUGAACAAUGUGCGAAUGCUGGAGGGUUUCAUUGCACAGAAUAAAAGGAACUACUUAGACUGUUUUCGCAGUACAGAAGCUGAAAGAGAUGACAUUGAGCAUCAGGCAGAACUUUCUUCCCUGGCAGACAGUGUGAAGGAGACAGAGAGUAAGCUGCUCGAAGUGUCUGCCCUCGGGCAUCUUUUCUCUACGCACGUCCUUCAGCAAGCACAGCAGAUCGAACGUCUUUACAAGGAUGCCGUGGAGGCUACCCACAACGUUGAUAUGGGUAAUAAGGAGAUUGUGAAAACGAUCUCCAGAAAUAGUACAAGUAGGGUGUUUCUUCUUCUGUUUUUUAUGGUUCUAAUUUUUACAAUCUUAUUCCUUGAUUGGUACAAGUAACACAUCCAAAAUGUACAUGCCUUUUAUCCUUGUUUAGAGAGAGAGAGAGAGAGAGAGAGAGAGAGAGAGAGAGAGAGAGAGAGAGGGAGGGAGGGAGGGAGGGAGGGAGGGAGUUUGUAGGACAGAGUUCUGUGAGAUGGAAUAAUAUUUUGUAGGAUUUAGUGUUAGAAUAGCUCUCCUCGGUCUGCUUGCAGUGAGGUUGCAAGUCGAGCGAGCGAAUGCUUGAAGCAUAUGCGUUGAAUGUGUUGCUCGUUUUCACACAGUGUUUCAUGAACGGUGAGAUGUUUCUUGUUUCUCCUCUUCUUCUUUUUUUUCCCGCCGGCUUGUCCGUUUGCACUGGAACUGCAAGAUUGAGGACGCGAGGAUGGCAUUGAGGGACCUAAAUAGAAAGGGGGGGGGAAAAAAGAAAAAACAAAAAAAGAAGUUGAUGCAUUUGACCCAAAUGUCCGCAUAGAUGCUUUCUUAAAACUUGGAAGGUUCUUACAUAUUCUUGUGCAAAGCCUUGAAAGCUUUCUCCACCAGUAAAAGCACUGCAGUAUG